UUCCUGCUCUCGCGGAAGUGACGUACGUGUGUCUAGAGCAAAACAUGCACAUGUGAGAGCUGCAUGGUGAGAAACCAACAUUUACUUUAAAUUUAAUUCACUCGACGCAACGAAAGAUUUCAGGCGUGAAGUAUGAAUGAACAGAGACACUAUCCUCCGCCGGACUUUAGUUGUCCCCCUCCAGACUUCAUCCAGCCAUUCCAGCAGCAGCCCCACUCCAGCAACUUCCACCCCAGCAUGUGGAGCUGGGGAGAGACGUCCGAACCCACCUGGGAAUCCAGGGGCCAGUCGGGAUGGCAUACAGGGGCAGGAGCAGGCUUUGGUCCUCCAUCUGGCCGUGGAGACUAUGGAUCAAAACGUCCGCAUGGUCAAAACUUUAACCGUGGAGGGCACCAUGGCGGAAAUCGAGGUGGAGGACAGAAUUAUGGAGCCCCCAACAAUUAUGGGAAAAAGCAGAAAAAUAAGAAGGAACCAGAGUUUUCACAUUUUUGUGACACUUGUGACCGGAGCUUCAAAAACCAGGAGAAAUACGAUGAACAUGUUUCUCAACACGUAAAGUGUUCUGUUCCUGACUGCAGCUUCAUGGCUCAUGAAAAAAUAGUCAGCUUCCACUGGAAAAAUAACCAUGCACCAGGCGCUAAAAGAAUCAAGUUGGAUACAGAAGAGGAGAUUGCAAAAUGGAGAGAGGAGAGGCGCAAAAAAUUUCCAACACUUCAGAAUAUUGACAAGAAGAAGAAAGUGAUGGAUGAGCGUGAGGAGACAGGAGCCGUUCUAGACACAGCUCAGUUUGGCCGAAUGAGGGGCAGAGGGCGCAGGCGUGGGCGAGGUCGAGGUCGUGGCUGGGGUAACAGAGGGUUCCAUGAGCAACACCCUCGAGACCCUCACCCAUCAGACAGCAGUGCCGCAGAGAGACCUCCCCCUCUCACCCAGCCCCGCAGAGAUGAGGAUCCACUGGGAGCACUCGCCAGCAGUGAUCAUGAUUCUGACAGAGAGGAUCCCGCCCCUCAAUCCAAAGCUGGUGUCCUCAUUGUGCCUCCCAAAAAGAUGAGCUCAGCUCUGGGCUCCCUGGUGGCUAACUACGGCUCCAUGAGUGAAAGUGAUGAGGAACCAGAGGAAACCCCCAUUCAAAGAGCUAAAGACCUUGUGAAAGAAAACCAGGCUCUCCUAAACACAAUACCGCCAAAGGGGAGAGGACCCUCGCGAGUUCCGGAAUCCUCUUCACAGAUUACACAGGGUCACAAAGAUGACCAUCAUAACAACACCCUUCACCCACAUAACAACGCAAGAGGAAGAGGGGGCAGAGGGCGAGGAGGCAGGGGAGGUAGAGGAGGGUACCAAGAUACACCGCAGGCACGUCGUCCCACUUUACUUGAGAUGUUACUGGCUGCAGAUAUCCGCCAUGAAAGGAAUGUCCUCCUGCAGUGUGUGCGCUAUGUUGUCCGAAACAACUUCUUCGGCCUGGAGAGCAGUCCUCAGAAUAAGGAAAGCAUAAAGGAAAAAGUCACACCCGUUAUCUCAACUGAACAGCAGGAAGUGAGGCAGGAAGAGCCAGCAGAAGAAUACAGCGCUGUGCCUCAGUCUCCCUCUCCUGUUGGUGAAGAGUCAACUGUCAAAGACUGCCACAGCCUCAAUCUGACGGACACAGAUAAAAUCAUACCUACCUGUAAUAUUUAUGAUGAUGAAGAUGAAAUAUGGGAGAGCCCUGGAGCUAUGUUAUAGCAAAUGACUUAAAUUAAUAAAUAUUAUUUUGUUCUCAAUCAGAAAAAUAAGACACUGGUCUUUUAAGAAGUUGGUGUUAAUAAUAAGAACUGUCUCAUUUUUCUGUGGUGUUGGUUUGACUUGGUUUGAUGGUUUGUUUGAUUUUUGUAACAUACUGAAGAAAGACUUUUUUUUUCAUAUUAAUAAAGAAAAUCGACCAAUUUA